AUGUCUGUUAAUGCUCUAACUGUUGAAUCUACCACUCACUGGCUUGUUAUGGUUUUGGUCGCUCUUGUGGCGGCCACUGCUGCCCGCCCUGAUAAACCUCCUGCCCCAACCUAUGGUGCCCCGCCCCCAGUUCCUGCCCCUGCUCCUGCCCCAGUACCGGCUCCUGCCCCAGUACCGGCUCCUGCCCCAGCACCUGCCCCAGCACCGGCUCCUGCCCCAGUACCGGCUCCUGCCCCAGUACCGGCUCCUGCCCCAGUACCGGCUCCUGCCCCAGCACCUGCCCCAGCACCGGCUCCUGCCCCAGCGCCUGCCCCAGCACCGGCUCCUGCCCCAGCACCAACCUACGGAGCACCUCCCCCUCCUCCACCGGAGGCACCUGCAAAGUACUCCUUCAGCUGGAAGGUGAAGGACGACUCUUUCGGCAACGACUUCGGCCACGACGAGACCCGUGAUGGUCCCCACACGGAGGGCGUCUACUACGUCCUGCUUCCCGACGGUCGAGUACAGAAGAUUGUUUACACUGUCGACGGUGAAGGCGGUUAUGUUCCUGUUGUGACCUACGAGGCCCCGGCCAAGCCCCAGACACCCGUCUACACUCCACCUCCUGUUUACACUCCACCUCCCCCCACCACCCCUGCUCCUGUCUACACCCCACCUCCCGUGACCACCAAAGCUCCUGUCUACGGUUAGAACAAGCUCCCAAGCUCCAUCUACAUCCCGGUUUAAGUCUAUAUCCCACAUCUUCAUCCGAUCUCCCAUUGCCACUACAGGUCCUGUCUACAUUCCACCUCAAGUCUACGUCUAGGAAAAGCUUCCAAGCUGCAUCUAUAUUCUAAAUCAUGUCUAUACCCCAGUUCCUUUCUACACCCUAGAAUCUAUCUACGAGAGAGCAACAGGAUCAACUCGGAUCUUGUAAUAAUCAUUUGAUACCCAAUCGACAUGAAAUGUAUAUUUAUAUUAGGCUAAUAUUAUUUAUUGGUAAUACUCUUAUUCCAUGGAACAAAAAUAAAGUGCAUUAUGAACUAAA